CGUGCAAGUUUCGGGAGGCCUCGUAUACAUCAUGCGUAUCUAGACAAUUUAAAAACAUGGCUACCAUGUGAAGAUAGAUUGGUUGGUUUGCACGCUGUAAACAAGUUUGUGUUUGGUUUGUCAGAUCAGUUUUGUUUUGCGCUGGCGGCCGGGCGAAUUGCCGAGCAGCUGGAGCCCUCCUGAGAUGCUGAAGCUGGACCAGGUAUCCGCGAAAAGGUCCGAGUAGCUGUCGGGAGUGAAAGUCGCGCGAACUCGCGAUAGCUCAAAUUCUACGUUUCUCGCGGACUACUUUGACGUCCCGCUGCCUUCGCAGACCGUCCGCGAGAGUCAUCGUACUGCCACGAACUGUCAACGUACGUCGCGGAUGUAACAACGGUACAGUCGAGGAGACUCCGAAAGGAUUGUAUGCGAUAACUUAUGUAUGGGUUUUGUUUCAUUUAGAGAAACACAAUUGUCCAACAAGCACUCAUGGAUACCGCAGAUUUUGAUGCCAUUAUACGUCACCCUAGAACCAUCAUCCACAUCGAUGUUGACUGCUUCUACGCCCAAGUGGAGAUGCUCAGGCAUCCGGAAUUCAAAGAGAAACCACUGGGUGUGCAGCAAAAGAACAUAGUGGUCACCAGCAAUUAUCUGGCCAGGGAAUAUGGUAUAAAGAAAUGUAUGCCGGUACAGGAGGCUUUGCGUCUCUGUCCAGGGCUGGCUUUGGUGAAUGGAGAGGAUCUGACCAACUAUCGUCAUUACUCCAGCAAAAUAUCAGAAAUCUUACAUCAAUUUACACCACUGGUGGAGAGACUGGGUUUUGAUGAUAACUUUCUCGAUGUAUCAUUGGUGGUGGAGAAGCAUCUCAAACCACAGAAUGACUCUGAACUCGACAUGAGCAGCUCGAGCGCGGACGAGGAGCUGAAAGAAUCAAUCAGCAAGAUAUUCGGCCCGUCGGAUGAGGAGUGUCCGUGUGGAUGCCACAUGCGCCUGAUGGUCGCUUCUAGGUUGGCAGCUGAGAUCAGAAGCCGUAUUUUCCAAGAGCUGCAUCUCACAUGCAGCGUCGGGAUAGCGCAUAACAAGCUGUUAGCCAAGCUGGUUGGAUCUCUGAAUAAGCCGAAUCAGCAGACGCUUGUCUUCCCAUGCGGCGGCCCGAUGUUGCUCUCCGCGGUAGGCUCGGUGUCCAAGAUACCCGGGGUUGGGCAGAAGACCACGGAACUGCUGCUGUCGAAUAACAUCAGAACGGUGAACGAUUUGCGCAGAAUACCCCUGGAGAAUCUGGAGCUGAAGAUCGGCGUCGAUUUAGCGAGGAAGCUGAAGGAUAACGCUGAGGGUAUCGACGAUACGUCGGUGAAGCCGUCCGGAAAGAAGCAGUCGAUCGGUCUGGAGGAUGGAUUCAAGAGCGUGUCGUUGGUAGCCGAGGUGGAGUCGCGAUUAGGCGGGCUGCUGAGAAGACUCACGGAGAUGGCGAUGGAGGACGGCAGGAUCCCCGUAGGCAUGAAGGUCACCGUGAGGAAGCACGACCUGAACAAACCUACUUCCGGCAAGAGAGAGAGCAGGCAGUGCCCGCUGCCAAGACAUCUCUUACCGUCCACGAAGAACGGCGUGUACGAUCACAGCAAAAUGCUGGUACUCGCCAUGAAGCUGUUUCAUCGCGCGGUCGACGUCUCCAAACCGUUCCAUUUGACGUUGCUCGGAGUGGCGUUCACCAAGUUUGAGGAACAGUCCAUCGGUAAGAGCAUCACGUCUUUCUUACGCAAGCAAGUUGCCGUCCAGUCCGUCCUGGACAUCACUUCCGAAGAAGGUAUCUCGGAUGUGAGUCUAGGCUCGCCGAUGAGUAUUAAUCAAGAUAGCAACGACGGUUCGGAUCAGUCCCAGUCGGCUAUGAGCGCGAUGAACACUUCCGGGCCUUCGAGUCUCUCGUGCUCGCCGAUCUCGAAGUUGCAGUGCAUGGCGAGCCAGAACGCGGAGGAUGAGCUGCAGAACGAAGUGGAGCCGUUGCAGAAAAAGACCAAGCUGGAGGUGUGGCUGAGCGGUCGGCGAGAGUCACCGAGCAACGAGAUGGCCGACCUUGUGUUGGGCUCCGCGUCACCCAUGCAGUGGUCGCCCACGGUAGACGCCACGGUCAAAUCCCUGCCUAUCGAGAGGAGAGAGGUCACGCGUUCCUGGCCCACCACCAGUAAACCCAAACCAAACAAUAUACUUAAAUACUUCAUAGCUAAUAAGUGACCGAGCUCUAUAGUCUAGUAUCGAAUAUCGUCGCUUUUUUAUAUGCGUACGCUUGAAUCGACAACAUUAAAUGCCAGCAGCCGUACGAUAGGGAGAAUAAUUGUUAACUGCGCGUUUUAACGAAACAAAAGAGAGAACGAGAGAGAGAGAGAAAAGCAUCAACGCGCGGUUGAGAAUUAUCGGGUACGACGAGUUUAGCUCUCGCAUCACGCGAGUUUUAUUGACGCCCUGGUCAAAGUGCAUUUGCAAAUUUUACGCGAAAAAACAUGUACAGUAUAUAUAGUUAUGUGUUCACAGUUGCAUUUAUUACCUUCGUGUGCAUUGUCGCUUUAUUUGCAUUAUCAUCAGGGACGAUUAGUAAGAACGUAAUGCGGUAAGAUCACAGUAAUUGCGUUCUUUUACUACAUUUUCACCGCAAGCACGGUGCAAACUCUGUAUGCUAUUACGUACAUGAUUUUCACACACACACACACACACACACAUGCGUAAUAGUAAAUUCUCCGUUUGUUUUGAUACAUGGUAAGACAUACUCAUUUUUCCAUAAAGCGAAUUUAUAUCACGAAGGGAACACUUUUACCUAAGACGUAUUGUAAGAAGUUUUGUUACAAAAAAGUAUAUUGAAUAAGUAAGGAAAACAGGGUGCACCUGAAAUAGUAAGAAAGAAAUUUUUUUUUUUUUUUUCUUAUAAAACUGACGGUGUUCCUAUUAUUUUAUGCGUAACUCUUUCGAUUAUUAUUUGAUUGUUCAUAUUAUUUUGCUGUUAAUCUUCUUAAUAGACUAUUUCUUUUUACCUAUAUUCUAAUUAACUGCCAAUAAAAUUUGUUUAACAAUAUAGGUCGUUGGCAGUCGUUGAAAUUUGGGAAAAUUGCGCGAAGUUCCUUUAAUUUUGUUUCCUCAAACCGUGUCGACGAACUUCAAUGCAACAGGAAAAAAAAAUUGUUCAUCGCCGUCUCUAAUCCGAGAAAAUAGCCUAUGGCAACGCUUCUCACGUGAGACAGUCUGCGUGCAUAAUUGAAACGAGGCGCUGACAUUUGAUGUUGUGUAUGACUCGUGGUUUGAAAAAAUAAUUAUAUAAUUUAACGUUUCCGCGCGCUCUAAAAGAAAGAUUUCUAUUUUUAGUACUAUGUUGAAUGUUAUCUUGUGAUCGAGGAUUGUAAUUGAGCUGCGCCGCCGACGAAUACGAAUUUCGAUACCGUGCAAAUAUGGACGUAGAAGAAGCCGUUACGUCAAUCGCCGUCUCUGCAAUGGUGAGUCGCUAAGGCUCUUCGCAGCCGUGAAUGUAUAGCUAGGACUCUUCGCGCGUUUUCACGGUAUCGAGUUCAAACUCCGUCGGUUCCGAUCCCCGCUCUUACGAUACUCAUCUGUACCUUGAGAAAGAGAGAGCCGAAAAGAUGGACCCAGUUCUUUUACUUCCGAGACACAGAUAUUUAUAUAUAUAUUAUAUAUAUGCGUCGAGUAUAUAUAUUUCAGCGGGAUACAACGCGCUGAGAACAAAUACUCGGUUAUCCCCGCCAGGGCCACUGGCGUGGAACUUCAUUGAGAUAAAGAGUAAAUGAAUAAUUAUAUAGUAUAUAAACGUGUAUAUUAUAUUAUGUAAUUAUCUGAGAAAUGUACUAGACAAUCAUAAAGUUUUAAUGCCGCUUCAGUAUGGUACACGGUGAUUGUCAUAUACAAGUACUAUACGUACACACGCGCGAGAUAGUUGAUUAUAUAUAGAUAUAUAUCUUCGAAACACACACAAACAAACGAACACAUGCCAGAAACGCCGAUCCAUUACUGAGCGUGCGACACCGGACGUUCAACGAUGAAAAAAAUGCCGCAAUUUUACUUUUUGCAGAUACUUAAGGGACACACUUGUUGCGUGCGGGCGAGCGAAAUCCGCAGGUGAUAAACCGAAACAUUGUAGCUUUUGUAUUUACGAGACGGGGUAUUCAUUAAGAUUCCUUACAUUCUUUAAGAGAAGAGCGUAAGAGGGAAGGAAAGGAGAGAGAGAGAGAAAAAAAGGAAGAACGGAAGGAAUGAGGAAGAAGUGAUGGAGGGAAGCAACGAUAUGCGCAAUAGAGAUUACUUAUAUAUUACCGAGCUUUUCUAUUUUUAUUUAUUUACAACAUAGGCGAGAAACGGUACUGUGUCUUGAUUUUAAACCUCUGGUUGUGAAUACAUGCAUAUUUUAUACGGACUUGUUCGCGGGGGAAAUGCGCGUUGCGAAGUACACGCUCACUCGACGAUGACGAUGACAACGUCGUCAUCAUCGUUGUCGUUGUCGAGGUUGCGCUUGAACGCGGGACUUCGUGCUUGGAAUGAUAACGUGUCGAAUGGCCGUUGUAAUAUUGCCGCUAGACGACGCUUCCGACUACGUGAAUCCGAUGUUGAAGGCGACUGGUUUGACUUUGACUUGUUUGAAAGUGACAACGCGACGUAACGCGGCUCGCAUUGCCUCCGAUUCCUUUCAAUAAAGAAACUUCGAGUUGAA